UAAAUAUAUUUGUUGUAAUGCAAAUCUGAAUUAGUAACGUUCCAUGAGCUACACAGUAUACACCUUUUCUUAUAGCGUUAUGUGAUCGUGACUUUAGGUGAUAAAUACUAAAUAUUCCAAGAUGUUUCUUGAGAGAAUUGAAGUGACUUCCUUAAUUUUAAUUUACUGUGGUGUAGUUGGGGCUUUACACAGGAGGAGUAUAGACUUAAUUCAAGCACAUGGUCUGAUAUCUGAUUCAAGACUGCCCUUGGACAUAACACCAGUCAGUUACGACCUCGAAUUGAUAGCAACGCCAGAGAAUGAAAAGUUCUUCGGAAAAGUGAAGAUCGUGGCAACAUGGGUGGAAGAAACGAAAAAAAUCCACCUUCAUGCUGAUGAAAAGUUCGAAAUACUUGAAGCGAAAAUUACCCAUAUUGGUAACGAUGAUAAGAAUAAUUCAUCAUCCACUGCUUUCACUCCCGUCAGAAUUGGGGUAGAACGAGCAGUUGUUCGAAGGGGAAGUCCCGAUCUGACAAUUUUCCUGGAAAAACCUGUGAAGCAAGGGAGCCAAUGUGAGAUAGAAAUAAGCUUCACUAAGAAUCUGCCCAACACUACAACAGACGCAAUAUUCCACAGCAGUUAUGUCGAUUCCCGUACUAAAGAUAACCAAUGGUUCAUUUCAACCUAUCUUAGACCAAAUUUGGCUAGAAAACUAUUUCCUUGCUUUGACGAACCAGCUUUCAAAGCCCCAUUCACUAUUCAUGUAGCCCGACAAAAGGAGAUGACUUCAAUUUCUAAUAUGCCCUUGGAUAGGACAGAAGAUAUGAAAGAAAAGCCUGGUUGGGUAUGGGAUCAUUUCAAGCAAACACCACCAAUGUCAACAUUCUCUGUUGCAGUCGUAGUUUCAAAUUUUGCAUCUAUAUCAGCAAAUCAAUCUAAGGACCUCGAUAUAAGAGUGUGGGCGAGGCCAGACUUUAUGCCAUCAUUGUUGAAUGUAACUGAUAAAGUAGAAAAAAUCAUCAGAGUAUUGGAAGAUUUCUGGAAAAUAAAAUUUCCGCUUCCCAAACUGGACAUUGUUGCCCUUCCGAAUUUCCAAGUCAAUCGACCCGCAGAUAGUUGGGGGCUUCUUUCAUACAAGGAGAGUGAGCUAACUAGCAAGGGUUCAUGGAAUCUGGCACAUGAGAUUAGCUAUCAGUGGCUUGGAAAUCUUGCUACUCCCUACUGGUGGAGUGAUGCUCAUAUCAAUACUGCUUUGGUCCGAUUCCUUACAGCAUAUACCGUCCUCAAGAUUGAUAACGUGGAUGCUGGUAAUAAUUGGCCAAUGACAAUGCUCUAUUCUAUUUAUUAUGAAUUCAGCAAGAGAUAUCCCCAUGGAAAGAGUACUGUAAUCAAGCAAGAUUCGACAUCGGCAAAAAUUGAGUUGGUAUUCAGGAUGUUGAAUUACACUUUGGGCGAGCAAACUUUCAAAGAAGGAUUGCAGAAAUUCAUGAAAGAUAGGCAAUACAAAAACUUUUUCGGAGAUGACAUAUGGAAUGCAUUAACAGAGCAGGCGAAAAUUUGCAAGAAACUUGAUGAUGAUGUUUCCGUUAAUGAUAUCGCUGCAUCUUGGAUUACAAAAGACAGAUUACCGGUUGUUGAUGUUGCCAGGAAUUACGAUGGGAAGUCUGCAGUACUUAGACAGAAACUUUUCCUCAGAGAAAGACCCCACGAUGUGCCAGACCAAGAUAAGUUCGUCUGGUGGGUGCCUAUUGUUCUUUUAACACAGAGUAAUCUAGAUUUCUCAGACUCAAAACCGAAGCUCUGGAUGAAAAUGGAGAAAGAAGUGAAAAUGGAUAAUGUAGCUAAUCCAGAUGAGUUCAUCAUAAUAAAUCCAGAAGAAAUUGGUCCUUUCCCUGUCAACUAUGACGAAAGGAAUUGGAAUAUGUUGGCGCGGUUUCUACAGACUGACGGCAGAACGAAGAUACCUGUCAACACAAGAGCGAAACUUAUUCAUGAUGCAUGGAAUUUAGCAUAUGCUGGUGAUCUUAGCUUUGCAACGGCGCUCAACAUGACUUUGUUCCUGAAGAAUGAAAGAGAGAGUCUAGCUUGGGAUCCUGUUUUCACUUUUAUAGAUCACAUUGGCAGACAUAUUGAAAGUCCUGGUAUUCAAGAGAAAUUUCAGUCUUACAUCAGAAAUCUCCUUACUCCACUAUACAAGGACCUGGAUGAGCCUUCUGAUGAUGAGAACGAGUCGAAAGCACAUCUUCGAUCCUCAUGUGAAGUUUUCCUCUGUGGCGCUGGAUACAAGCCCUGUAUUGAAGAAGCCCAAGCCGCUUAUAAGAAAUGGAUGGAAAUGGACAACCCUGAUGAAGGCAACCCAAUUGCUAACAAGUACCUCUGCCCAGUUUUCAAAUGGGGAACUUGGGAUGAAUGGUACUUCGGUUUCCAGCGAGUACUGAAAUUUCCAGCUGACAGAAAACAAAGUGAAAGGACCUACCUCUUGAAAACGUUGGCAGGAUGUCCAAACGACCCUUCCACCAUCGAAAAGUUCCUCAACUUCACAGUUUUAACUCAAGAUGAACAUUUUAAAGAUAACGAUCUCUAUCUGAUCUACAAUAUGUUGACCGGUAACCCAAAAGGAUAUUCAACACUCUUCGAAUUCUUGAGGGAGAAUUUUGAUAAGAUCAAGAAGAGAUUCGAAGCCAAACCUCAUCUGUGGAACAGCCUUGUAACUUCAGCAACGACAGUCUUCAAGACCCAAGAAGGUAUGGAUAAAAUUUCUAAAUUGUAUGAAGAAAGGAAAGGUGAUUUUGGAACAGCUGACUUCGUGAUAGAAAAAGCUAUGAAGGACAUCAAAGAGGAAGUUGCUUGGAGUAAUGAUAAUUUACCCGUUAUCGAAAACUGGCUGGAUAAUUAUCUGAAAGAAACUAAAGCUAAGUCCGUCAAGUGAUCAUCUCCCUCUGAUUCUUACAAUUUUGCGAUUGAGUCAAGCAUUGUACUAUCUUAAAUAAAAGCUAUUAAAUAUAAGAAAUCAUGUAAAUAGGAAAUGACAAAAUAAAUUACCUUAGAAAAA